ACUGAACACGUCAUGAGAUCAGUUUCAAAAGAAAAUGAUCCACAAUCUAGCAACCUUCCCUUCCUCCACCGCCAGCUCACGGCUCCUCCUCAUCUCCUCCUCUAAUUCCAAACCCCUUCUAUCUCUACCCAAAAAGCUCCCAUUUUUUUCUUCUAAAUCUCUUGCUUCCCCUCAAAACUCUCGACCCAUCUCAUAUUACCGGCCCCCAAUGAACAUCCUCAACAAACUCGGUUUCGGCACUAGGUCCCCUGACCCAUCCACCAUGGAUCCCACAGUCCCUCAAGGCCCUGACGACGACUUGCCAGCCCCUGGACAACAGUUCGCUCAGUUUGGAGCUGGAUGCUUCUGGGGGGUUGAAUUGGUCUUCCAGAGAGUUCCUGGGGUUAUCAAAACUGAGGUGGGAUAUAGUCAGGGUUUAUUGCAUAAUCCAACCUAUGAGGAUGUUUGUACUGGAAUUACCAACCACAAUGAGGUUGUCAGAGUACAGUAUGAUCCCAAGGAGUGUAGCUAUGAGACUCUUCUUGAUGCUUUCUGGGCUAGGCAUGACCCUACUACCUUGAAUCGUCAGGGAAAUGAUGUGGGAACACAAUACAGAUCUGGAAUAUACUUUUACACAGCACAGCAGGAAAAAGCAGCACGCGAGAGCCUGGAACGACAACAGAAGAUCUUGAACCGGAAGAUAGUUACUGAAAUUUUACCUGCCAAGAAGUUUUACAGAGCUGAAGAAUAUCACCAGCAAUACCUUGAGAAAGGGGGCCGUUUCGGAUUUAAGCAAUCUGCUGAGAAAGGCUGCAAUGAUCCCAUCAGAUGCUAUGGCUAAAUUGCCUCUCUCAAAAAUUGCAAUUAUUGGCUUAAGUGAACAUUUGGAGACUAAGUAUGUAAAGCUUUUGUAUACAUUACUGGGAUAAGCAUGUUCUGCGAUAGUUUAUAUGUACUUGAGGAUUGUGCGUCUUACUAUUUGUGUAAAGCUUUCAGCCUGGUCAAGUUGGUUGGUAAAUAAUAAUAAACUCUUUUUUUUUUU